GCCACCACUUUUAGAGCCUGAUUCAGUCGGAUCGGGUCCAGUCGGGUCGCCUUUGUCAAAAUUCUCAGCUUCCAGCAUACUUUGGUUCCUCUUCUUCUUCAAUUGAUCUCGUUGUAUCAGUGACCUGAACUCAUGGCUCCAUGAAUUCUGGCCUCCUCACCUCGGGGUUAGUUAGGGCUUUCAGGUUCUCUUCAAGUUCUUUUACCUCUUGCAUGUUGUCAACCACAUGGACGAUGUGAAGCGGAAGCCGUUUGAGUGCGUCACCCUCCACGACGAUGUGAGUAGUAAGUCCUCGCCGCUCAUGUCACCGUCCAAGACGAGUGAGCUCACUAUUUCCUUCGAAGGCGAAGUAUUUGUGUUCCCUGCCGUCACACCUGAGAAGGUGCAAGCAGUUUUGUUGCUGUUAGGAGGUCAGGAGACACCAAACAGUAUUCUCUUACAACUGAACCAAAAGGCUGGCGAUGAUGUUUCAAAUCGCCCUACUGUUUCCCACAGGAUAGCUUCAUUAGAGAGGUUUCGGGAGAAGCGCAGAGAGAGAUGCUUCGAAAAGAAGAUUAGAUAUAUUUGCCGGAAAGAAGUUGCUCUGAGGAUGCAUCGAAAAAAUGGCCAAUUUGCCUCUCCAAAGGAUACUUGCAGAACACCAGAUGAUACUUGGGGUUCACUUGAUAGCUCACCUAGUCCCGAACCUCUUAGUUUACGCAAGUGUCAACACUGUGGGAUUAGUGAAACUUCGACUCCAGCAAUGCGUCGUGGCCCAGCAGGGCCAAGAACUCUAUGCAAUGCUUGUGGAUUAAUGUGGGCAAACAAGGGCACUCUAAGAGAUCUUGCUAAGGGUGGGAGACAUAUGUUUGAUCGAAAUGAACUGACUCCUGAACCUGAACAACCGUUAUUGAUGCUCCCGGGAAUUCCUUCAGUAAGAUCCAACCAGGGGGAAGAAGGUGCAGAGAAAGAUGCAAAUGCAGUUGCAUCUGAAUUUGAGAUUCAACCCAACUUUGCUUAACAGUGAAUAUACAUACAGGCGAGGGACAUGAACUCUGUUUGGGAACGAUCGAAAGAAGAACUGGAUGCUGCUUGACUAAACUACUAAAAUGGAUAUCCAGAGAGAGAUGUUUGUAAGUUGAAAUGAAUAAUGAUAGUUGUGUGCACAGUAAGUGUUAAUUAAGUGAUAUCACCAUAUUAUGACUGUCUGUGGACUCCAUGAGCCCAUGGCCAUAAUGAUAAUAAGGUAGGACUUGAGAAGAUAGUUUCCUAUUUUUGUUAUAUUAUUUUCUUCAACUCGAGGACUUUCUAGGAGAUCACCUAUAUCAGUACUACUCUCACACAAGUUCACGGCC